CACUCCAUUAGGUACCAAUAAUAGUAAUUUCUUUUUCUUUCUUGAUGACGGUUCCCAGCAGCCUUUUUCCCCUGUACUCGUGACUCCAUGUGUUUGUAGCGUAAAGCCUUAUCAAGAUUCUCUAAGAUUUAAGUAUAAUACGGUGGAGUUUUCGAUCUUGCCCUCAUUAUAUUUUAUUAUCUCCUAUACUUUAUCCCACACAGGAUUCUUGAAUCUGUGGGUAUCUUUUACUUCUUUCAGACUUUUUUUUUUUUUCGGAAAAGAAAAGGACCCAUUUUCCCAUUUUCUUGAAUUAGUGUUUGUUUGUUUAAAUGGUAAGUGGGGUUGAGAAAAGUGCAAAUCUUGGAGCUUUUUGUCAGUCAGAGAAGAAGAAAGAGAAAGACAAGAAAAAGAAGAUGAAGAUGAAGAAGGAGAAGGAGGAGGAAAGUGUCGGGAAGAAGAUAACUAUUGGUGUUUGUGUAAUGGAAAAGAAGGUGAAAUGCGGCUCCGAGGUAUUUUCUGCGCCAAUGGAACAGAUUCUUGAAAGAUUGCAGUGUUUUGGGGAAUUUGAGGUUGUGUACUUUGGGGACAAAGCUAUUCUUGAGGAUCCAAUUGAGUGCUGGCCGUUAUGUGACUGCUUGAUUGCCUUCUACUCCAGUGGAUAUCCUUUGAAGAAGGCAGAAGCAUAUGCUGCAUUAAGAAAGCCUUUCCUUGUGAAUGAAUUGGAACCACAAUACCUUCUUCAUGAUCGGAGGAAAGUAUACGAGCGUCUUGAGAUGUUUGGAAUCCCUGUGCCAAGGUAUGCCUGUGUUCACAGAGAAGUACCUAACCAACAUUUGGAUUAUUUUGUUGAAGACGAUGACUUUGUUGAAGUUCAUGGGAAUCGCUUUUGGAAACCUUUUGUGGAAAAGCCUGUCAAUGCUGAUGACCACAGAAUAAUGAUUUACUAUCCUAGUUCAGCUGGUGGGGGAAUGAAGGAAUUGUUCCGUAAGGUUGGUAACCGCUCAAGUGAGUUCCAUCCAGAGGUUAGAAGAGUAAGACGUGAAGGAUCCUACAUAUAUGAGGAAUUCAUGCCCACAGGAGGAACAGAUGUUAAGGUGUAUACAGUUGGUCCAGAUUAUGCACAUGCAGAGGCAAGGAAAUCUCCUGUUGUUGAUGGUGUUGUUAUGAGAAAUCCUGACGGGAAAGAAGUUCGAUAUCCUGUUCUCCUUACCCCUGCAGAGAAGCAAAUGGCCAGAGAAGUUUGCAUAGCCUUUAGGCAAGCCGUUUGUGGCUUCGAUCUAUUGCGUAGUGAGGGGCGUUCAUAUGUUUGUGAUGUAAAUGGCUGGAGCUUUGUGAAGAACUCUUACAAGUACUAUGAUGAUGCUGCUUGUGUAUUGAGGAAGAUGUUUCUAGAUGCAAAAGCUCCACAUCUUUCAUCGACAAUCCCACCAAUUUUACCAUGGAAAGUCAGUGAACCAGUUCAGCCUUCUGAAGGGUUAACACGUCAAGGAAGUGGGCUGAUUGGCACAUUUGGACAAGCAGAGGAACUACGAUGUGUUGUUACAAUUGUUCGGCAUGGUGAUAGAACUCCAAAACAAAAGGUGAAGUUGAAGGUUACUGAGGAAAAACUCUUAAAUUUGAUGUUAAAAUACAAUGGCGGUAAACCUAGAUCAGAGGUGCUUCUUUGCUUUCAUGAUUGUUCUUCUGCUUUCAAACUUGCACAGACAAAGCUCAAAACUGCUGUGCAAUUGCAAGAUCUUUUGGAUGCCACCAGAGCCUUAGUGCCACGUUCUAGGCCUGGCCGGGAAAGUGAUAGUGAAGCUGAAGACAUUGAGCAUGCUGAGAAACUUCGUCAAGUAAAAGCUGUUCUUGAGGAGGGAGGACAUUUUUCUGGAAUUUAUAGAAAAGUUCAGCUAAAGCCACUAAAGUGGGCUAAAGUUGCCAAGUCGAAUGGUGAAGGUGAAGAAGAACGGCCUGUUGAAGCUCUUAUGGUUCUGAAAUAUGGAGGUGUUCUCACUCACGCUGGCAGAAAGCAGGCUGAAGAGCUUGGAAGAUACUUCCGUAAUAACAUGUAUCCAGGUGAAGGUACAGGCCUCCUUCGCCUCCAUAGUACAUAUCGCCAUGACCUAAAAAUAUACAGCUCCGAUGAGGGCCGUGUGCAGAUGUCUGCAGCUGCAUUUGCUAAAGGUCUACUUGACUUGGAAGGACAAUUGACACCUAUCCUGGUAUCGCUGGUUAGCAAAGAUUCGUCAAUGCUUGACGGACUUGACAAUGCCAGUAUCGAAAUGGAAGAUGCUAAGGCAAGGUUGAAUGACAUAAUUACUUCCGAAACAAAGACACUUCAUAUUAAUGGAUCAGCAGAGAAACCUUGGAUGGUUGAUGGAGCAGGACUCCCUCCUAAUGCAUCUGAACUUCUGCCCAAAUUGGUGAAAUUUACUAAGAAGGUGACAGAGCAAGUGAGGCUUCUUGCUAAGGAUGAGGAUGAAGAACUUGCAGAGGCAAGUCCAUAUGAUGUAAUUCCACCUUAUGAUCAAGCUAAAGCGCUUGGUAAAACAAAUAUUGAUGUUGAUCGUAUUGCUGCGGGUUUACCUUGUGGUAGCGAGGGAUUUCUACUCAUGUAUGCAAGAUGGAGAAAACUAGAGAGGGAUUUAUAUAACGAACGGAAAGACCGUUUUGAUAUCACGCAAAUUCCAGAUGUUUAUGACUCGUGCAAGUACGACCUCUUGCACAAUUCACAUCUGAAUCUAGGGGGCUUGAAUGAACUUUUUAAGGUUGCUCAGCUACUUGCAGAUGGUGUUAUUCCAAAUGAAUAUGGGAUAAAUCCAAAGCAGAAAUUAAAGAUUGGAUCAAAGGUUGCUCGCCGCUUGUUGGGUAAAAUUAUGAUUGAUCUAAGGAAUACCCGUGAAGAAGCUCUAAGUGUGGCCGAAUUGAAAGGUAGUCAAGACAAUUUAGCAGUGAAUAAGACAACAAAGGAAGAUACAGAGCAUCAUACCAAGCCUCACACUCGUAAUGAAGAGUCUAGAAGAACUAGCUUCAAUAGUGAGAGAUCCAUGGAUCAAGAUGAUGAUGAUGACAAAGAGCCUAAAUACCGCUUAGAUCCAAAGUAUGCAAAUGUCAGAACACCUGAAAGACAUGUGAGAACACGCCUGUACUUUACAUCAGAGUCACAUAUCCAUUCCUUGAUGAAUGUUCUUCGUUAUUGCAACCUGGAUGAGUCUCUUCAAGGAGAGGACAGCCUUGUGUGCGAUAAUGCUUUGGAUCGCUUGUACAGAACCAAGGAGCUAGAUUACAUGAGUUAUAUUGUAUUGAGGAUGUUCGAGAACACAGAGGUGGCUCUGGAAGACCCUAAAAGGUUCCGCAUAGAGCUAGCUUUUAGUCGUGGUGCCGAUCUAUCACCACUAGAGGUAAAUGAUGAGAUAGCUGCUUCAUUGCAUCAAGAGCACACACUGCCAAUAAUGGGUCCUGAAAGGCUUCAAGAAGUCGGGUCAUAUCUUACGUUGGCAAACAUGGAAAAACUGGUGCGUCCAUUUGCCAUGCCAGCUGAAGAUUUCCCACCACCGUCAACUCCUCAAGGGUUCUCUGGAUAUUUCUCGAAAAGUGCAUCGGUUCUAGAGCGCCUAGCAAAGAUAUGGCCCUUCCACAAGCAUGUGAACAACAAUGGGAAGUAGUACAAUAUUUUCCCCUGUUGGAUGUUUCUGCUAUCAAACUGAGUUGUGGAGAUUGUUUCCUCUGGAGGUAUUUUACAUUCAAAUCAAGAAUCAGUAGCAGCUGAAGAAUUCUGGAAGAGGAGCUACACUGUCAAUUACCGUUCAUUUAAACAUCCUUUUACCUUGUUCGUUCUCUCUUUCUCUUCCAUUAUUAGUUCACAUUGAUAAGGAAAAAUUUUGCAGUAACGUUUAGCGCCAGCCUGGGCUCACAAAUCUAAAUAUAUAAUAGAGUCGGCCUAUAAUGUAAAUGAGCUCUACUAUGAAUUCUAAUUUGCUGUUUAAUCUUUAACUCUUUUGCCUCUUGCUUAUUUAUGGCUACAUUGACAUGGUA